AUGUCACUGCAUUUCCUAGGCUUCGCAAAUACACCAGUCUUCGGAGUACGCUCACCCAGAGUCGACCUCGAAUAUGUCAACCGCAAGCUCGAGUCUCUUGCUCAUGAGCCACCUCAGAUCCGUCGAACAUUCUUUUACGACAGAUCCCCUCGACGUCCGAUCACGCCUCCUUUCCCCGAUCCUAUGAUCCCCUCUUCUUUCUUCCGAACAUGGGCUUUACACAAGGGGCAAAGAAUGCGGUUCCAAGAGCCGAAAAACGACCAUCGAUUGAGUAUAGACGACGUCAAUUAUUGGCGUACAGAAGCUCGAUACUACUCGUCUUUACUAGAGGAUCGAGCCGAUCUUGAGCGUCAAAAUAUUGAUGAAUGGACAUACUGGAGAACAGAAGCGACGUUUUGGAGGGAGGCAUACUGCAUUAAAGAUUGUACUACGGAUCGAUGGGCUAUCCAGGAUUCACAGUAUUGGAAGAUCGAAGCUCUGCACUUGGCAAAGGUAUUCAGGAAGAACUCUCGAACCUCGAACAUGCGUCAGCACAUCUACGAUCCGGACUACUGGAAGACAGAGACUUUCCAUUACGAUGACCUGCUCGAGAAGGCAUUCCCGCCUCCCUCUCUUGACUCGGAUGACCUGUUACAAAAACCAGCCCUCCAACAGAAUUCAAAUUGUAAGAAAAGAAAAUUUGACGACGGCAAAUCGUGGCUGGCGAUGUGGAAAGCUGAACACAUUAAGCCGUCCGGAGACAGUGUGUCUUCUGAAGUGCCCGCCACAGGCCUCAAGAAACAACGAAUGACGAACACCCAGUAG